UCGCUGUAUCAUCUCUUGUAAGUAAUGUUAUCGUUUGCUAAUAGCUACGUAGCAUCGCAGCCCUAGUUGUUAACCACACGAGCAUUGCGCACCAUGGCGUGAAGGUGGCUGUAAUUUUACGGCGCCAUGAGAGACGCUAACGCCGCAGCUGCUCUCGAUGCAAUAUCCCAGUCAAACACCAACUUCACUGUGGAUUUGUACAAGGUGCUGGCGAACGAACCGGGGAAUCUGUUUUUCUCACCAUUAAGCAUUCAAGUAGUUCUCGCUCUGGUGUAUUUCGGAGCAAAGAGCGACACAGCAGUCGAAUUGGAGCGAGGUUUGCACCUUCCGCGCGACAAACAGCUCACAGACGAUGGAAUUAAUGCCCUUAUGCAUCAGCUAAGUGAAUCUGAAAAUGUGUUACUUGACAUAGCGAACAGGAUAUAUCUUCGGACUGGUUCAGAAAUCAAGAAUGAAUUCAAGAAAACUGCUGACAGGUUCCUUGCUGGAGUGGAGCAGAUUAACUUUGCCGAAUCAGAACAGGCCAGGAAAACAAUUAACAACUGGAUUGAAAAUAAAACUAAUGGGAAGAUAAAAGAUAUAAUUGAAGAAGGCGUUUUGGAUGCUGAAACACUCAUGGUGCUGGUCAACGCUAUUUACUUCAAGGGUGCAUGGCUUAAGGUAUUUUACGAGGAUGAAACCAAGCCUACACCUUUCCAUUUACCGUCAGGAACGACGGAAGAUGUUGAUAUGAUGUUCGUCGAGGACCUUUUCCAGUAUAUUGACUUAACUGAAUUAAAUACGCAGGCGCUGAUGCUUCCUUACAAGGACUGGAGGCUGAAUAUGUUGGUAUUGUUACCAAAAGAAGUGAAUGGUUUGCAAGAGCUCGAGAGGAAUCUUGACAAAGUUGAUGUCUCGGACAUUGUGAACAGAAUGACCAACAACAAAGUCUUUGUAUAUUUACCGAAAUUCAAAAUGGAAUACUUCAAGUCUUUAAAAGACACUCUGAUAACACUCGGGAUGGAGUCCAUGUUUGAUCCAGCCAAAGCGAACUUCUCUGGAAUUGUUGAUGAGAAAUUUGUAGUAAGCAAGGUCCUGCACAAAGCGUUCAUAGAAGUCAACGAGAAUGGCACCGAAGCGGCAGCCGCAACAGUUCUCAUAACAGAGGGUGCGAGCUUCCCUCUGUUUCCACCUCCACCGCCCGUCAUCUUCAAGGCUGACCACCCCUUCAUCUUCUUCAUUGUGGAUGAGGUCACAGGGACGAUCCUCUUCGCUGGACGUUUUGUGAAAUCUUCUGCGUAAUUAUUGAAUGUUUGCAACAUGUGAGUUGUCUAUUCAACCUUCUGGACAAUUAUUGAAUGUUUAAAGUAUGUGUGUCGUGUAUUCCAGUGAUCCGAAAAUACUUUUGUAACCACAGUUUUGAUGAAAUUGCUAUUAUUCAUUCUGAAGACCUUAAAGAUUAAAUGAAAGACAUUUCAUAUCCAAAAUUUUUAAGUGUUUCUCUUUUAAUUGAGGAAGAUCUACAUGGUGCGACAAUAAAAACGCUUUUCUUUCUCAACUUA